AUGGGUGUCAAAGAUACAUCCCAGGAGGCCUCCAGCACGCCAGACCCCGAAAAGAGCCUUGCUACUUUGAAUACCCUCAGAAUCGGCGUGAAGGCGUUUGUCGAGAAGGAUGGCGAUUGUCGAAAAGCAGAGAUUCUGUCUAUGAGGCAGCGAAAAGAUGGCCCGAGUUUCUAUGUGCAUUAUGUUGAUUUCAACAAGCGUCUUGACGAAUGGGUAUCUGCGUCGCGGAUUGAUUUAACGAAAGAGGUAGAAUGGCCCCUGCCUGAGAAGCCGGAGAAGAAGAAGGUUAGCGGUGCGGCCGCAACCAAAGCACAGCCCAAGAAUGCAUUAAAGCGAGCACGACAACCGAGCAGAGAGGUUUCAUCGACCCCAGAUGUCCUAGCAGGCAAGAAUCUGAACAUUAGCAAGCCAUCCAAACUCUCUAAAGCUGGGGGUAAGGAAAAUCAGGAAGAAGGAACCCCGUUGAGCAUUCCCCCCUUAACAAUCUCUGCAGACGGGACUCCGCAAGGGGAGGCGGACUCUGAAGAUGUGGAUAUGAUAGAUAUCACAGAGGCCGAAGCCAAAGCAGCUGUCAAGGAAGAGGUUGAAAAGGCCGCUGAAGACGCUGUACGGCAAGAGGAAAUCGAGAAACUGAGGACCGGAGGCAGCAUGACACAAAACCCCACAGAGAUUCACCGGGUACGAAAUUUAACUCGAGUUCAGAUGGGAAAAUAUGAGAUCGAGCCGUGGUAUUUUUCACCCUAUCCAGCGUCGUUUAGCGAUGCGGAUAUGAUUUAUGUGGACGAAUUUUGCCUCAGCUAUUUCGACGAUCAUCGUGCUUUUGAAAGACACCGGUCAAAAUGCACACUUGUCCACCCGCCAGGCAACGAAAUCUAUCGUGAUGAUUACGUAUCAUUUUUUGAAGUCGAUGGCCGCCGGCAACGGACGUGGUGUCGAAACCUUUGCCUCCUGAGUAAAUUAUUCUUGGACCACAAGACCCUCUACUACGAUGUGGACCCAUUCCUAUUCUACUGCAUGACUACACGGGACGCGCACGGCUGCCAUCUAGUUGGAUAUUUUUCCAAGGAAAAGGAGUCUGCUGAGGGCUACAACGUUGCAUGCAUCCUUACGCUACCUCAAUAUCAACGUCGAGGAUAUGGUCGUCUUCUCAUCGCAUUUAGUUACGAGCUCAGCAAACGAGAGGGUAAAUUAGGAUCUCCCGAAAAACCACUCAGUGACCUUGGUCUACUAGGCUAUCGACAAUACUGGAGAGAAACGCUGGUUGAACUUCUCUUAGAGCCAGGCCGUGAGGCAAUCAGCGAAAGCGAACUGGCAAGUUUAAGUGGUAUGACUGAGAAAGAUGUUCAUGAAACAUUGGUCGUCUUGAACCUUCUCAGGUACAAUAAAGGAAAUUGGGUCAUCGUUCUCACCGACGCAAUCGUCGAACAACAUAAUAAGCGUUUAGCAAAAGAGCAGGCUAAAGGCGUCCGAAAAAUCGACGCUUCACGGCUUCAAUGGAAGCCGCCAGUUUUCACAGCAUUAAGUCGGACGUGGAACUGGUAA